UUACAUACGCGUCAGAGUUUGCCUUUUUCACAUGAAAUAUUUUGUUGUUUAUUGAUGUAUCAUGACACGCUUACUCACAAUACAAGUGGUACUUGACCGACUGUCGUCGCCAUCGAAACAGGAAGUAUUUGCAGCGCUUAAAACGGACCAGAUUAUUCUAAAAGCCUUAGUUACGAGACGUACAGAGCAGAGCAGAGUCAAGACAUGUUCCUUACUUGCAAGCCAGAGCCCAGAGUCACCCUGCAACAACAGACUUAUUAGUGUUCAGUCGUCAUUCACAUUGCAAUUUUAAGCCAAGGAGUCUACAAAGUUUGAUGCUGUUUGCAGAUUAAGUCCUGAAGGUAAACAUCUGAUGAUGGAUUCCACAGGGAACGAGCGGAUGUCAGUGCUUCUGUCAAAAUACAUCGAAUGGGCUUUCAUGGUGACACAAGAAGAGGUAGAUAUCAGAAGAAAGUCAUAUGUUUCACUGGGGUAUUUUCAAAGUGAUGAAUCACUUUCUGUCUUUCGAGCUGGAAGUACUGCAGAGGGAGUUGAUCUAUUGGGUUCAGAUAGAGACACAAUGGUCAUUUGUAAGGAAAUUAUAGUUAUGUACCCUGAUCAGUGUAUUCCUCCAAAUAUGGCACACAAAACAAUUCUGUACGCAAGAGCAGCAGAUUGCCGCCCUGGCUAUGUCUUCCUCCAGCUUCAUCAGUUACAAAAAAGAGAACCCGUAUUGUGUAAUGCACUAGUUAGAAUUAAGGAUUCGAUGUUUGUUUCCAGUGAUAUCUUUAGAGAGCAAUUUGUCAGUGGCGUUCGUAAACAAUUAGGGGUGAAAGUGGAAUCGAAUGGACCAGCCUGUACACAAGAUACAAUGGCAGGUGAUCAACAACAAGACAUUGCUUUGUGUUUUCCAUGGCAUAGUUGGCCAAAGGAAGCUAAUGAAUGGAUUACACGUACACGUCUGUAUGGAUGGCCACAUCAAACCUUGAUAGACAAUAUCGUACACCAUGGAUGUCAUCUUGUCCCAGUUGGAGACAAGUGUUCUGAGAACACUUUUCUCCAAUGGAGAUUUUCAUUUGCAACAGCAGAGAGAUCUUUAGUUCACUCCUUUAGUCACAUCCAAUUCAAAGUUUAUACUUUGCUGAAAUAUUAUUUGAAACAAAUAAAAGGAGUAUUAAAAGAAACCAUUGGGGAUGAUGAUAUCUUGUGCUCCUAUUUCUUAAAGACAAUCCUUUUUCAUGCUAUUGAGAAUUCCAACCAACUGUUCUGGCAAGAGAAAAACCUAUUUUAUUGUUUUUGGUUUUGCUUCAAAAUACUUAUUGCUUUGGUCAAGGCAGGUUUCUGUCCCAGUUACUUCAUCCCAGCCAACAACCUAUUCAAGAGGAAAGUCCAUGGAGAACAUCAGCAAAUUCUGUUAGAUGUUUUGAGCAACUACCACCAGAUGAAGUGGAUGUGUCUUUCAGUUGGAAACUUCAUCAAACCUAUAUGGGAACAACUGUGUGAUUCUUCAGUACAAGCUGUACUUUUGAACCCCAAGACUACAAAGACCACUGCAUUCGAACAAGAUAGACAACUUAUGUGCCAUCUGCAACACAUAAUUUGCAUAUAUAAAGCUUCAUUUAGUAAUCGUAGUACCUUCAGGAAGGCAAUUAAUUCAUUUUCGACAUCACAGUCAGAAUCAGAUGAACUUUUCACAUUCACUUAUGCUAUGCCAUACCUACAAAGUCUUGCAACAGAGCAGGUUUAUCCGGAGCACAUGGUUGCUACAGACAACAAGACCAGGUACAGAAGUCUAAGGAAAUGUAAACACUUGAUGGUUACCACAGCCUCCAUGGGAACGGAACUGCUAAAUUUGGCAACUUUUCAUUUUUUGACUGGAAAUUUCUUUAAAACUCUGGAAAUGUGCGAACAAGUGAUGAAACUAGCAUCAUAUUACACCAGAUAUAUAGAUUUACAUCCAGAACUACGGGCAGUGUAUAGCCAUUUGUAUCAUCAAUUUGAACAUUCCUCAGACAGGCUUAAGAAAAUGUACACAAACAAAUUGUCUUUUUCAAAGAAGGGCUUGUAUCUUCCUCAUCUCUGUCAGGAAAUGUUAAAAGGACAAACAGAUAUGAUUAUCCCACCACUACCCUAUGCACUGCUCCUGUCCUUCCUCUGCUGUCAUGAACUUGGAGAUACUACAGGGCGUGAUGAAGCAUUAAGGCUCCUCAUAGAGGUCCAGAGUGAUGAUGACCAAGGAGGACACCGAUUCUGGAUAGUCCACACUCUCCUGGGGAUCUGUUACCAGACACUCGGGGACAAUCACAGGACCAUCAGGGCUUACUGGGAUUCAGCACAGUCACAGGCUGAUUAUCAAGUGUGGAAUCCUGCCAUCGAGAGGAUAGCGGUGGUGUAUCUAUGUAUGUAUGCCAGACAGAGGCUAGCUGUGGUGUAUCUAUGUAUGUAUGCCAGACAGAGGCUAGCUGUUGUGUAUCUACGUAUGUAUGCUAGACAGAAGUCUGUUCAAGGCUAGCAGUGGUGUAACUAUGUAUGUAUGCCACACAGAAGUCUGAUCAAGGCUAGCAGUGGUGUAGCUAUGUAUGUACGCCAGACAGAAGUCUGAUCGAGGCUAGCAGUGGUGAAUCUAUGUAUGUAUGCCAGACAGAAGUCUGAUCGAGGCUAGCAGUGGGGUAUCUAUGUAUGUAUGUCUCACAAAGGUCUGAUAGAGGAUAGCUGUUGUGUAUUUAUGUAUGUAUGUUUCAUAAAAGUCUGACAGAGGAUAGCAGUGAUGUAUCUAUGUAUGUCUCACAAAAUUUCACCAUAUACAUGUAUUAUCAAAUGCAUUAUUACUGUGAAUUCAUACCGCAAUUACAUUUGCUUUGGAUCCUGUACAGUGUUCAGUUGAAGACCUUAACGUAACACAAGGACUGUGCUGUCUUCAAUCUGAUAUUGUAUUAUUAUUACUUGUAUACUAAAUGCGGUUUAUAACAUAUAUAUAUUACCUAUAUUGCAGACUGUAUCUAAUUAGUACUAUGUUAUGGGAGUUAUCCCCCUUUUCCCACCUAUUCCAUACUUUGUAAAAUAUGUCCAUUAAAUAUAUAAAUAUCUAAUAGUAUUUAAGUACAUAAUUGGCGGUGAAACUUUAGGCAAUGUCUAGAAGAAAUAUAUAAUCUGAAUUACUAAGCUGAUUAUUUUGUGAUCAUAGUAUUACAUAUAAUCAUCUAUACAUUUUAUAUAUCUGCAACUUUUCUUUAUACCAAAAAGUGCAGAUUGAAUCACAAUGGAUAGACAAACAUUGAUUAAAUCUACGUGUACAAGAAAUUAAACCAUCAAUCAACCAUCAAUCAACAUAAGUACAUAAUUAUAUUGUAUCCAUUGCUAAAUUAUAGUAAUGUACAUGUAUUAAACACCAGUUGCACGAGGUCUUGAAAUGUACACUUGGGUUUUUAUUCCUAUCUUCUUACGUUUGCAUUGUCUAAAAGGUUCUACGUCAAAUAUGAUACCUGCUUCUCAUGAUUAAUUAUUGACAAUAAGCAAAAUUGUAAUUAUUUAUCAUUAUAAUAUCAAUACAAUAGGUCCAUAUAUAUAUAUAUAUAUAUACCACCAAGGGUGAGGACUUAUAUAGGCUUUAAGCCUGUUGUCCAGUCCUUUUGACGGUGUAAUAUUCUUUAUGUAAAUAAAAUUUGUUGAAAUUGAAAUAUUUCAGUCCCUACCUGAACAAUUAUACUAAAGUUUCCUUAGUUUAAGUCGAAUGUUCAAAGGUGCCUAUCAGACUCAGAUAAAUUGUCUCAUUCUGGCACGGAUGGCCAGGUCCUGAUCAGCCAUCAAUGACAAUACCGUUGUUGUUCACUCCUGCGUAGCGACAAUCAAUCGACUGCCCAGGUUCUUUGUUUACGAAAGGUGUUUAAGUGCAGAAUUGAGACUUUCUAUGAUUUAAACAAUAAUAUUUACAUUUCUACUGAACUAGGACUCAAUAUAUGAAGGACCAUGGUGAGCUUAUGCCAUACCGGAGCGUCCGUCUUCCGUUCGUAAGCUUUUCCUUUAAAACGCUACUUGUCCUGAACGACCAAGUAGAUUUUGACUAAAUUUGGUCUGGAGCAUCCUUUGUAUAAACGGUAGGUGUGGCCCCCUCUGGGAGCAGAGGAGUGGGGCCCAAUAGGGGAAAUAGAGAUAAAUCUUAAAUAUCCUUCUUCUACAACAGGGAUUAAAAUAUUUCAUCCCGAUUUGGUCUGGAACAUCCUUGGGCCAAAGGGACUAAAUAUUGUAUUAACGGUGGGU